CACAAAUUAUAGGAAACGCUAUCACAAGGGUCCAGAAUGCCACGGCUCCGAGUUUCUUCAGUGCUUGACUUCCAAGGAGGGCUGGUGGGCUCUGAGCAAAAACACGCAGCAUCUAAUGCCGCUUGUGAUUGCUCCGGCGAGGCUGUAGGGUUGUUGCUGAUGUCCGUCUCCAACUCUGCUGGAGCUGACGAACUCGAAAUACUGCCCGGCACUUCCACGCUGUUCCUUGAUGCUUCUGGAUCAAGGGCCGAAUCCUCCUCGAUGGUGCGGCCGGGAGAGUCACUCGAGGAUACCGCAUAAGCUGUCUGACCAGAUUCCGUCGUGUCAACCCCAUCAUUAUUCUCCUCGGCCAGCGUUGCAGUAGGAUUCAUCUGCGCGGAAUGUCUAAGGGGCUGGAACCGGACAGGUUGAUUCUGCCAUGUUGAUCUUUGCUAUCAGCAGUUGUGGAAGCAAUCAGUUCUGGCGAUGUUCUACUAAGGCGAGCGAAGAUUCUUCUUCGUGGUAGAGAUGUUCAUAGAUUGGUUCAUUGGCUGAGUAAAAUGCGCACGCAUAACCGCUCGACAAUCAGGCCGUAAGGCAGCCAUGUUGGUGAGUGACAAAUUCGAGUCUUUGCAGGCUGCUUCUUCAGCCGAAGCGCUUGGGGCCUGUGGUGAUGGUGUACAUGGUUCGAACUGCGAUCGGCGAGCAUACUACGGAUAGGUGCGGGUUUGGUUGACUGAUUGAACGGCCCCAACACUGGACAGUGACCUUCAAUUUUGACGCUGUCUUACAGUUCCAUACAUCGGACGCAAUCCGACAUGGCGACCGCCAGCCCAAAAUGAGUUGCACAACACAACACACUCUAGGCCGGGGGCUAUCCACGAUUCCAACUCGCGAAGCCUCGCGGCACGAUUCCCGCAGAAUGUUCUCCGAACCUGGUCGUUCUGAUCAUGACUAUGUCCUCCAGCUUCGCUCCCUCGCCCUCGCUCGGCAUAAACGGGGCCAUGUAUUUUUCCGCAUACGAUGCUGGCAUGCCCGCCAACCGACCAUCCUCAAUCGCCUUCCUGACCCAGACAACAUACUCGCGCUCGAUCUUGCCUACCGCUAUACGCUGGACGUCCACGUACGUCAUUGCCGUCACCUGCAGGCUAUUGCCGCCUUGCGUCCAAUCUGAUGACUGGCCCGAAUCGGCCACGAGACGUGUGACAGGAAGCUCCAUCUUUUCAUAUAGCCAUGGGACCCCUUCGCUUUCAUCGAGCGCCAUUUCGUCCCGGCGGCUGAGGAAGCACAGACUACCGUAGACGACAUCGCCAGGAGACCGGACAAUGUUAGCAUACCCGGUCUCAUUGAUGAUCCACUUCCAGUCCUUCAGGUCUGCCAGGCCGAUGUACAAUGAGUCUGGGCACCGUUGCUUUAUGGUUCGCGGCGACAGGUUGGAGCCAUAUCCGAAAUACACGCAGGAGAAGUCGGUCAUUCGACCGGACGGCGGUGGUCCAGCUGUUCCUACGUGUUGAGCCUGUGCAGGGCCUUCAUCUUGAACUGAUGGGGCUGUACGGGCAGCCUCUGGGUCGACGAUACCCGAUCGGUUGGUGGGUGUAUGCAUCAUCGUCUCGAAACCCGUGAGAGUAUGGAAACAAAAGAUCAGGCAAGUUACGUGAACCGCAGGACGACAGAGAAGAAAUUGGAAUAUCUUUUGGCCUUUUACGAUUGUACCUGCCGGUCAACCUUGCAAUAUAUGGGUUCCGGGGGCAGCAUGAACAUCACUCACAGCUUGCAUAAGGCCGACGGUACAAUUGUAAGGCUGCAGCACCCGUGGAGCCGGCGGUUCAGGAGCAGAGGAUGGCCUCUCCCCUUCUAAUAACACAAUGUUGACUUCGAAGCCAGUACACGAUGGCGCGGCCACUGAUGGAUUGACGUGUCUACGGGGCGGAUUGCUUGCCCAAGGGAGAGGACUUGCUUCCAACUACCACGUCAUGGCUAAGGCAUGUGGAUACUGCUCUGAACUCUAGACUCGACACAGGCAAUCAAAUAAAUCGCGGCAACAGGAACAAAUUUCAGACGAAAGACGGCACUUGAGAGCUUCCCCAUUGCUCCCGCCCUGCGCUCAGUCAGUGGGUGAAGGACAGCAGCGGCAGAAAAGUCUUCCAGUCGACCACCAAGGCCUAAGGCGCGCAUGGCCCAUAUUGUGGAAGAUGGCUUUGAGACACUCGAUUUCACCUUUGUCGAUCAAGCACCAUUGUAGUGCGCGUAUAUUGCGGCAAUCAUUGUGCGGGGGUUGACAGGUCGUGCAUCUACACUUUUUGACUCGGCCGGAGGGAAGCCUACCUACUACCUAGGCACCUAUAGAGGUGCCGCCAAACGGCCAGAGGACUACUAGUACGCAGCGAACUCGCAAUCAGGGGUACAUGCCCACUUGAUCAGUUCUGAGCGACUAGCAAGCAUGUGCCUGAACCGAAUGAGCGACAUGGAAAAGCGUCCCAGUGGCUGAUACCCUUCUUUGGACGUCCAGUUUAACAGAAUAUACUGCCGGUGUUCAAAGAAAGGUGUCAGCCACUGUGCUGGUAUGUGAACUUUUUGUCCCAUUUUGGCCAUCCUAGAGAGCACAUCACACAGAAACUAAUAUUCCCAUGGACAACGAAUGAAGCUUCCAACAACACUUCACGGUCAUGGACACUCACGCUCCGCCACGACUCAAAUGACCAUUGAUAUUCUGAUGUGCUUUUCCCCUGCCAGCCACACAUCCAGACAAUCUAUCUUGGCCUGACAGUCCACCUCCCGAUCAAUUUCGCUGACUGACACUGUUCCUCUUCUUCUUCUUGUUCUUCUUUCCGGACCCCAGACUCUUGGCUUCUACCGCUGUUUGUGGUGCAGAGGGCUCAAUGGCCUUCUCAUUCGACGGGAUGCUCACCGCUUCCACAGUCGAAGGACCGUCCACUUCCUCGACGGCGGAAUCAGACAUGAGGGUUGCGGUGGACUCGUCCGGUCCUGUUCCGGUACCCUCUGCUGAUGGAGAAUGAUCCAUUUGGACCUCCUCUGGCACAGCCUUGUAAAUAGGAUGCUCCACUAUUGGAGAAGCGCCAGCUGGACUCGGGCUUCCACCAUUGCGGGCAGAAGCGUCUUCACGGUAAGCGGGCUCAUGUUUGGUUUUCUUUGAAAUCCGUUUCCCUCUCUCAACUGGUUCGGGAAUGGGUUGUCGACGCUCCGCCUCUUCUGAGUCGUAGAAGCGUUCGUCGAUCGCAGCCUGUCCAGUUGGCGGUGUGGGCGUAUCAUACUCGGCCGCAACCACGUCGGUCGGGGGCGCGUCUUCCGCGAAGACUCCCGCUCGUCCAUUUAUCUGCGGCACAAGUGCAUCACCAGGCUCGUGAUGCUUUUCCUUCUUCUCAUCUUUAGGAAUUCCGUUGGGCAGACCCAUAUCCUGUGCUUUCUUUGCUUCCUUUAGCUUUGGCUCUUGAUAUUUCUCCUCCUCCUCGUUCUCCCAUGUCGGAUAGCACUCUUCUCGAGCAUACGGACAUCCAUCAGCGAGCGUGCCGUUUUGCUGAUCGACGCCCUGAUGAUCAUGGAAUCGGCACACGCCAGCCAAAUAACUCUGGCGUUUCCACUCUGAGAGCGUGGCCUCGAGAUAGUCGACGCCCAGCUGGGAAUGUUUGACCAUGGUCUGACGCCACUCCUCUCGGAUUGCGCCCUGCUCCUCGACGCUGGACCGAAACCGACCAAGGGCGGCGCGCACGACUUCACGCAGCGGGCUACCGGGCGGCGAGGCUUCGUAAACGUCGUCCACCGUCGGGGCUCGGAGAGCCCAUUCCCCGUUAGCAAGAUUGGUCCGAAUCAGAUCUGUAGCCUGGUUAUUGAGGGCAGGGAUCUGAUAUUUCCAAGCCAAAAUGCCCAACUGGACAACGUCGUCGAAAGACGCACCCUGAUCGAUCUCUGGCUGCGGCGAGAAAGUCCAUAUGAAGAAGUCCUCCAUUGUGUGCACAGAGGUGUCAUGGACGGGGUACAAGAGAUACGGUCCAUCUGCGUGUUCCUCGGGCUUGUCAAGAAACUCACGGAACUUUCGGGACCGGUGGCGGAGAAAUUGGCUUGGAAUGAGGAAAUGCUCGCUCUCUUCUUUCGCGUCUUCUCGAUCCACCACCAGUUUGAUCGGCGUACUUUGACACCAUCUGUCGAAUUGUUAGUGUGACGGUUGAAAUUCAGCCAACACCAAGACUGAUUGGCCGGAAUCAAAGCAAUUUAAGGCAGACAAACCGAGGGUGCACUCACUCCAGGUAAAGCCGUCGGUGCUUUAGCUCCAUGAUUUGUUCACCUCCUGGGCCUACCCUCCGCUUGAUGCGAGUUUCAACACCACUAUACGCAACACACUGACUCACUCAGAGUGGUGCUUUUAGAAAGAAGGAAAGGAGGAGAAUCGAAAAAUAGCAGACAUGUUGUAAGAAAGAGGGAGCGCUCAAGACAGAAAACAUCGAGCAGCCCUUCCUUCCAGCAUCUGCCCAAUCCGCAGAGCCGCAUUGAUCGAUUGAUCCAGUGAUUCAUCUGUUCAUGGGCAGAAACACACCAGAGGAUCAAGCCUGCAGACAGACAUCCUCAUGAUCCCCUGUCGCUGUGCCGUCCCAAAGCGUGGCGAUCUUUCAGUGGUCGCACCGCAGUGAGGCUGGACUGGCGAGCCGAGUCUAUUCGCCUCGCCUGGCUCAGCUUCGCUCAGAGAAGGGGGUUGCCUUCUCGCUUGGAUCAGCUGUUGACUUCCAAUAGCAUGGGCGAGCCAUGUGAUGCUCCUAUUUCUUUGGGCACGAUUUUGGUAGACACAUAUCGCGUCUUUGCGCUGUCCAUGCAUCACAUGGCCUGCAGGGAUUGAAAGGCGAGGGGAUGGAGUGACCAGAUGUUGCUUCUUCAAUUUAUACACUAGUUGACGGAAUCUCCCAGCCAUGAGGCGUGUCAGGCUCCUUGGUUUGGCCAGGGCUGAGUUGGGCCCGGCGUGCUUCUCUGGCUGGGCAGCAGAACCCUUGAAUGUGUCGAAUGAGGAUGGAUUAUAUACCCGUCAUCAUCAUCAUCAUCAUCAUCAUCAUCAGCUGUGUAUCUAACCAUAUAGCAUCCCUGUCUCACUCAUCAAUCAGUUCUGGAA